AUGAGACCCAAGGAAGAGCACCCUCCAAGGUUCGGUGAAGAAGUAGAAAGGAGGCUUAAUGACGAUAAGUUGCUUCAGCUCUAUGAAGCAGCCUUGAGUGCUUUGUCUGGCCAUCUUGAUUUUACCAAAGCUCUCUUGACUCGAAAACCUGAACUUGCAUCCCUACUGGACUCUUUCAAAUGCUCACCUCUUCACCUAGCACCCGCCGAGGGCCAUACAGAGAUUGUAAAAGCUUUGUUGCGAGCAAAUAAAGAGGUUUGCUUGGUUGCUGAUGAAGAGGGGAGAAUUCCACUCCACCUAGCAGCAAUGAGGGGAAAAGUUGAGAUCAUACAAGAAUUGGUCGAUGCACAGCAUGACUCGAUCCGUCAAAAACUGAAUGGGAGUACUGUUCUACACCUAUGUGUUCAAUUCAACCAGUUAGAGUCUCUAAAGCAGUUGGUAUCACUGGUGGAUGAGAACCAACUUCUCGAUUAUACGGACCAUGGAGGCAACAGCAUAUUGCAUUUGGCUGUCAUGCCAAGGCAGUUAGAGACCAUAACAUUCUUGGUUUCGGUGCCUGAAAUAAAAGCAAAGAUAAAUGUCUUAAACAAGAUGGGUUUGAACGCCCUGGAUUUGUUAAACCAUUAUCCAAGAGAUUUCAAGAGCCUUGAAAUUGGAGAAAUUCUUAUCAAAGCUGGAAGUAGAUCAACUCCAAGCCAAUCACAAUUAGGUCCACUUGCUGUAGGUGGGAGACCCAAGUGGAGGCAUUGCAGUGUGGAUUAUGAAAAAUGUGUAGCUGGAACCGCUGUGCAGGCCUACGUUAACCCUAAAGAGUACCUGUUGCUCACAAUUGUAGCGAUUAUCUCUUUCAUUGCAUCUCUGAGUGUUGUCCUUCUAGCGAUCAGUGGGCUUCCUCUCAAGAACAAGCUUUGCACAUGGCUUAUGACAAUAGCUAUGAUCAUUGCAAUUACGUUCGUUUUACUUACCCUCGCAGGUGCGAUUGUGGUAGUGACCCCUGAUCAUAUCCUUUCUACAAUUGCCGAGGCAUUAGUUGUUACAGAGAUUAUCUGGAUUGCUUUGGUUGGAAUUGUUGCUGUGUUUGCCACCAUCCGCCUUCUCUUUUGGCUAUUCAGUCUUCUGAGCAAGUUAAUAGGCUUCUUAAGGAAAAUGCUAUCACGUCCAACGAGGAACCAAGCUCUCAUCUGUUGA